AUGAAAAUCACGCUCAAGAUCGCUGAAGAUGGCAAAUGGAUAGGUCUGAUGGUGGCGAAGGCUCUAAGUGGGAGUGCAAAUCGUGGAGUAUUUUGCCAAGAUGGAUUGGCACAGCUCCUCGACGAAAAUUGCGACAUCCCCAAGGACCUAAGAAUAUUUUUUGGAAAUAACGCACGUGUGGGAACCACUCCUUGGAUAGCAGUUAUAAGCAAUAUUACCGAUGAUUUUUGCGGCGGCUCACUCAUACACCCACGGUUCGUCUUAACCGCCGCCCACUGCAUUCUCAAAAAUCAACAAUUGUUUGUGAGAUUGGGAGUGUACGACAAAUACUGCCCACCAUCGCGUUGCCCAGAGGUGGAGAAUUAUAAUGUGACCAAGGGCAUACCUCAUCAACAAUACAACCAUUUUGAAAGGACGAACGAUAUAGGUAUUUUGAAACUGGACAGACAAGUGGUGUACAAAAACGCCAUCCGUCCGCUUUGCAUUGUUUUGAGUGACGAAUAUAACCCGUCUUCAAUCGUUAAUUUCUCGGUCUACGGCUGGGGUAUAACGGAUAAAGGAUCACCAAGCUCAGUCCUUCAGACCAUCAAUCUUUCCCGUAGGCGAUUGUGCUUUGGGAGCACUUUAAAACGAGAAUCGCAGAUCUGCGCUGGUGCCCCAAAAGGCGACACUUGCAGAGGUGACUCAGGUGGUCCUCUGGUAGCCAAUAUAACAUAUCAGGGAUAUCGCUUCCUUUCACAGAUUGGGAUAGUCAGUUUUGGCGGUCCCGAGUGCAAUUCUAAUGCCAUUUACACAAAUAUUAAUAGCUACAAGCAUUGGAUAAACUAUACCAUUUUGGAUAACGAUUACGAUCAGGAUCAGGAAAGCUUGUUGGAUGAGAACUGCAGCAACACGCGGCUAAAACAUGGAUCUAUCCGCCAGCCCUGGAAAGUAAAAAUAAUUCCUAGCUUUGCUAAUGGCGCCCUCAUCACAAAUCACAUUUUAGCACCGAUCUGCUUCCGCCCAAAUCUGCAGAAGUUGGAAAACCCACCAACAUCGCUUACCGCCAUUAUCCGUUCUUGGGAAAAUGUGAUGCUUAAAUAUGAGAACUUAACCGUCAUUGAUCGUUACCGUUGCUCUAAUAUCAUUGGAUAUCCCGUAUUUGACAAUCAAAUCUGUCUGAAUGAAUCCUCCUCCAAUUUAUUUUCAGAUGGUGAAGUAUUUGGUACCAACGAAUAUACGUCGUUGGGCGACAAGUUCUUUCUCUACGGCAUUAUGAGCUAUAAGCGGAACGGUGUUGUCAUUCUUACAAAUAUUAAAUAUUACGCGGAAUGGAUCCGUUCGAUCUGCAUUGUCACUGGUGACGGGCUAAACACGUCGUCAAUCGUAAAUUUCUCGGCCUAUGGCUGGGGUAAAACGGAAAAACAAAACUUAAGCUCAAUCCUUCAGACCAUCAAUCUUUCCCAAAAAAAAACUUGCUUGAAGUUUAACGGGGAAUCGCAGAUCUGCGCUGGUGCCGAAAGAGGCGACACUUGCGAAGGGGACUCAGGUGGUCCACUGGUCGCCAAUAUCACAUAUCUGGGAUACGUAUUCCCCUCACAGAUUGGGAUCACUAGCUUUGGUAGCAUACACUGCAACGCUAGUGGCAUCUACACGAACGUUACGGUCUUCAGACAAUGGAUUAAACGUACCAUUUUGGCUAACGAUUACGAUCAGGAUCAGGAGCGCUUGUUGGAUGAGAACUGCAGCAACACUCGGCGAAAACAUGGAUCUAUUCACCAACCCUGGAAAGUCAAUAUACGUCCAAGCUAUGCUUAUGGCGCCCUCCUCACAAAACGCUUUGUUGUCACUAUUGCAAGUUAUUUGCCCACAAAUGUCCAGAAUAUGUAA